CGAGGAUGGGCUGCAAGAGGCUGCGGGGCAUCCCCAAAUCUUCCUAAGAACUGGCAAAACAAAGGGGGGCAGCAGCGGCAGCAGCAGCCCGGGCUGGGGUGGAUGCAAGCAACCAUGAAAGGCUGGGUCUCCGCCUCCUCUCCUGCUGCUUCCCGAGAGCUGCUGGCUGCUGCCGAUGAUCAGAGGACUACCGUGUAAAGGGAGGAGGAGAAGGAGGAGGAGGAGGAGGAAGAAGAAGAAGAAGAAGAAGAAGAGGUGGUGGUGGUGGAGGCGGAGGCGGCGAGGCGCGCUUGGGUUGCAUUGCCAAAAGGUACAAAGGUGCUGAAGUGGGGGGAAAGGAAGGCAGGGAUACCCUCCCCCAAAAUGUCUUCUUCUUCGGUGGGGCCCCGCGGCCCUCGCCCACCCACCGUGCCUCCCCCCAUGCAGGAGCUGCCUGACCUGAGCCACCUGACAGAAGAGGAAAGGAACAUUAUUAUGGCUGUGAUGGACCGGCAGAAGGAAGAGGAAGAGAAAGAAGAGGCCAUGCUCAAAAGAUUGCACCAACAAUUUGAAAGUUACAAAGAGCAAGUACGAAAAAUAGGUGAGGAAUCCCGCCGUUACCAAGGAGAACACAAGGACGACGCGCCGACGUGUGGAAUCUGUCACAAAACUAAGUUUGCCGAUGGUUGUGGCCAUUUAUGCUCCUACUGCCGGACAAAGUUUUGUGCCAGAUGUGGAGGCCGUGUUUCCCUACGAUCAAACAAUGAGGACAAAGUGGUUAUGUGGGUAUGCAACUUAUGCCGAAAGCAACAAGAGAUCCUAACAAAAUCUGGAGCGUGGUUUUUUGGAAGUGGUCCACAGCAGCCGUCCAGUCAGGAUGGAACGCUGAGUGAUACAGCGACAGGUGGCGGUUCAGAGUCACCGAGGGAAAAGAAAGCCCGGCUUCAAGAACGGUCAAGAUCUCAAACCCCCCUAAGCACAGCCACCGCUGCCACUUCACAGGAAAUCUCCUCUAGUGUGCAAACCGACAGAAGGAAAGGCACAGAGGUUUUGCAGCAAGCAAUGGGCCUGGAGCAGAAGCAAACUUCAUCAAGGUCUAGAAGUGAACCCCCAAAAGAGAGGAAAAAGACGUCCACAGGUUCUGAACAGAAUGGAAAAGGAGGUCCAAGAGGUGAGCGCAGACGUGUGCCAAAAUCCUCACUUCAGCAGGGUGAAGGACAAACGGAGGAGAGGGAAUCUAAAGAAAGACGCGAUGGUAGAAGAUUAGAGAAAGGGACGUCUCAGGACUAUUCAGACUUUCCGCCCAAUUUUGAGGAAGGCAAAGCAGGAGAUGAAGAAAAGCAAAGGAAAGAAGAUGAAUAUCACACUCGAUACAGGAGUGAUCCAAAUUUGGCAAGGUAUCCUGUGAAGCCUCAUCCGGAGGAGCAGCAGAUGCGCAUGCACGCAAAAGUUUCAAAAGUGCGGCAUGAAAGAAGACACAGCGAUGUUGCCUUGCCCCAUACAGAAGUCGAGGAGCCAGAGGUGCCUGAGAGCAAAGUAGGGAAGCCUUCACCAUUACAAGGAACUCAGGACAUAAAAUCUCACCCAGAUGCUCAGAGGGCGUACUCGAUAGAAAGAACAGGUGAUGUAAGGAUAUCCGUCUCUAAACAAUUAGCUAAUCAUAGCCCACCAACUCCCAGGCAUAGUGUGGUUCCUACAGAGCACUUAGAAUCCAAAAACCACGAUUCCUUUAAAACACAGAGUCGCCUAGAUCCUAGCUCUGCUAUUCUCAAUCGGAAAGCAAAGCGGGAAAAAAUGGAGACCAUGCUAAGGAAUGAUUCCCUUAGUUCUGACCAGUCAGAAUCAGUGCGGCCAUCUCCUCCAAAGCCUCAUAGAUCGAGACGGGGUGGAAAGAAGAGACAAAUGUCCGUCAGCAGCUCUGAGGAAGAAGGAGCAUCAACACCUGAAUAUACCAGUUGUGAUGAUGUGGAAAUAGAAAGUGAAAGUGUCAGCGAAAAAGGUGACUUGGAUUAUUACUGGCUGGAUCCUGCCACAUGGCACAGUAGGGAGACAUCCCCCAUUAGCUCGCAUCCUGUAACGUGGCAGCCAUCUAAAGAGGGAGAUCGCCUAAUUGGUCGUGUUAUUCUCAACAAGAGAACAACGAUGCCAAAAGAGUCAGGUGCAUUGCUCGGACUCAAAGUUGUAGGAGGAAAAAUGACCGAUUUAGGACGACUUGGUGCCUUCAUUACCAAAGUAAAGAAAGGUAGCUUGGCUGAUGUGGUAGGACAUCUUAGAGCAGGUGAUGAAGUUUUAGAAUGGAAUGGUAAACCACUUCCUGGAGCUACAAAUGAAGAAGUUUACAACAUUAUUUUAGAAUCAAAAUCAGAACCUCAAGUUGAAAUUAUUGUUUCAAGGCCUAUUGGUGACAUUCCAAGGAUUCCCGAGACUUCUCAUCCUCCACUAGAGUCUAGUUCUAGCUCAUUUGAAUCUCAAAAAAUGGAACGCCCCUCAAUUUCUGUUAUUUCCCCGACAAGUCCUGGAGCCCUAAAAGAUGCACCACAGGUCCUACCUGGGCAGCUUUCUGUUAAACUAUGGUAUGACAAAGUGGGGCAUCAGUUAAUAGUGAAUGUUCUUCAAGCAACUGAUCUGCCACCUAGAAUAGAUGGACGGCCAAGAAACCCUUAUGUGAAAAUGUAUUUCCUUCCAGACAGAAGUGAUAAGAGUAAAAGGAGGACCAAAACAGUAAAGAAAAGCUUAGAACCAAAAUGGAACCAAACGUUUCUCUAUUCACAUGUGCACCGUAGAGAUUUUAGAGAACGAAUGUUAGAAAUCACUGUUUGGGAUCAGCCAAGAGUGCAAGAAGAAGAAAGCGACUUUCUUGGAGAGAUCCUUAUAGAGCUGGAAACAGCACUUUUAGAUGAUGAACCACAUUGGUAUAAGUUGCAGACCCAUGAUGAAUCCUCACUACCUCUGCCUCAGCCAUCACCUUUCAUGCCAAGGAGACAUGCCCAUGGUGGAGAAAACUCUAGCAAAAAAUUACAAAGAUCUCAGCGAAUCAGUGAUAGUGACAUCUCAGAUUAUGAUGUUGAUGAUGGUAUUGGAGUAGUUCCUUCAGUAGGCUAUAGGUCUAGUACUAGAGACAGUAAAUCUACAACGUUAACUGUGCCAGAACAGCAAAGAUCAACCCAUCAUCGUUCACGAUCUGUAUCUCCUCACCGUGGUGACGAUCAGGGCAGGACCCGUUCUCGUUUACCAAAUGUGCCAUUACAGAGGAGUUUAGAUGAAAUUCAUCAGAUGAGAAGAUCACGUUCUCCAACUAGACACCAUGAUGCCUCCCGAAGCCCAAUUGAUCGCAGGUCCAGAGACAUGGAUAGUCAAUAUUUGUCAGAUCAAGAAAGUGAGCUUCUUAUGCUGCCCAGGGCAAAACGAGGAAGAAGUGCAGAGUGCCUACAUACCACCAGAAAUUCUGUUAGGCACUAUAAAACACUACCACCCAAGAUGCCUUUAUUAGAGAAUGGCACUUACUGGAAUAUUUACAGCUCAACCCUGCCUGCAUGUGUUAAGGCCAAAUCAGUGCUUAGUCAGGAUAUUUCACUUCUUCGUAAUUGCCUUAACUCGCGAAUACCGAGAUUUGCAGAUGGACUAUUGGUUAGUGAACUGCAGCCCUCGCUUGACAGGGCUAGGAGUGCUAGUACCAACUGCUUGAGGCCUGAUUCUAGUUUGCAUUCACCAGAACAAGAAAGAGGUAGAUGGUCCCCCUCACUAGAUAGGAGACGACCCACUAGUCCCCGGAUUCAUAUCCAACAUGCUUCUCCGGAGGAUGACAGAACAACACCGCUGGAGUCUUGCAUUCCAAAACAAGACAGUUUAAACUUCCUAAGUGCUAACCUGGAAGAAACACCGAGGCAUUCCAGAAAGGUGGAAAGAUAUAGCACCCAAAAACAGACUAGGAAAGGCUCUGCAUCUGAAACAGAAAGGGUUCUACUGCCAUGUGUUUCUAGAAGGGGACUUCCAACCCCAAGAAUCAGUGAUCAGCCAGUCAUUACUAGGGGGAAACAUCACGCUCGCUCAAGGUCGAGUGAGCAUUCUAGUAUCAGACCAUUAUGUUCUGUACAUCACCUAGCUGCUGGAGGGUCGGCGCCACCUUCUCCACUUCUGACAAGAAUGCAUCAACCAGGAAGUCCUAUGCAGCCAUCUCCAGCAGACACACCCUUCAGCAGCCGGAGGGGGAGACAGCUUCCACAAGUUCCUAUCAGGAGUGGCAGUAUAGAGCAAGAACAAGAGAGUUAUAGCUCAUCAUCAAAAGCAAAUUUAGUAGUGGAGGAGCGAACGAGACAGAUGAAAAUGAAAAUGCACCGUUAUAAUCAGACAACAGGGUCUGGGUCUAGUCAAGAACUUGAACGUGAGCAAUAUACCAAGUAUAACAUACAAACAGAUCAGUACAGAAGUUGUGAUAACGUCUCUGCCAAAUCAUCAGAUAGUGAUGUCAGUGAUGAGUCAGCUCUUUCCCGUACCAGCAGUGCCUCUCGCCUCAGCAGCACAAGCUUUAUGUCAGAGCAAUCAGAGCGCCCCAGGGGCAGAAUCAGGUCAAAGUCCUUAGAGAUCUGCAAAACUGAUGGGAAAAAAGAAAGAAGGAUAUCAUGGGAAUUAGAUGACAAGACGGGGCACAGUGGAAAAAAAAUGAAUAUGGAAGACAAGAAAAGGAGAAGGCAUACUGUUGCUGAUGUGAGUACGUUUAAUCCUAAAAUGCAAGGCAGACGGAUGGGGACUUCAGGGAGAACCAUCACAAAGAGCACAAGUGUGAGUGGAGAAGUGUAUAAACUGGAACAUAAUGAUGGGAGUCAAUCAGACACUGCAGUUGGUACGGUUGGAACAGGUGGGAAGAAAAGACGGUCAAGCCUUAGUGCCAAAGUGGUUGCCAUGGUAUCUCGAAGAAGCAGAAGCACAUCCCAGCUUAGUCAAACAGAGACGGGCAACAAGAAAUUAAAAAGCACGAUACAGAGAAGCACAGAAACGGGUAUGGCAGCAGAAAUGAGAAGUCGUAUGGUCCGGCAACCGAGUCGAGAAUCGACUGAUGGCAGUAUCAACAGUUACAGCUCAGAGGGAAACCUAAUAUUUCCUGGAGUUCGGCUGGGUGCUGACAGUCAGUUUAGUGAUUUCCUUGAUGGGCUCGGACCUGCCCAGCUAGUAGGACGACAGACUUUAGCAACACCUGCCAUGGGAGAUAUUCAGAUUGGAAUGGUGGAUAAGAAAGGCCAAUUAGAAGUAGAAGUCAUUAGAGCCCGAGGCCUAAUACAAAAGCCUGGUUCUAAAUCUACCCCAGCUCCAUAUGUCAAAGUGUACCUGUUGGAAAAUGGGGCUUGUAUAGCCAAGAAGAAGACAAGGAUUGCUAGGAAAACCCUUGACCCUUUAUACCAACAGACACUGGUUUUUGAUGAAAGUCCACAUGGUAAAGUCCUUCAGGUGAUAGUCUGGGGAGACUAUGGCCGGAUGGAUCACAAAUGUUUCAUGGGAGUUGCACAGAUCUUGCUGGAAGAACUUGAUUUGUCCAGUGUGGUAAUAGGCUGGUAUAAAUUAUUUCCACCCUCCUCCCUGGUGGAUCCAACCUUGACUCCUCUGACUCGCCGGGCUUCUCAGUCAUCUCUGGAAAGUUCAACUGGGCCUCCAUGCAUUCGAUCUUAGUAAACAUAAUAGCAGGAGCUCUCUAAUAGUUGUUACCACCCAGGAUGACCAUUGGAGUGGAGGGUGGGGGGAGCUAUUUACAACAAUGAGGAGCAUUUUUGAAAAGAGACAAUCAUCCCUUCGGUUUUGCCUGCUGUGGUUUAUCCAAAAAUGUGUCUUGAGUUGUUUGUUGAAAGGGUGGCUUAAACUGACUGAACAAAGCAGUAUAUGAAAAUACAGUCAAAUCCAUCUAGCAAAAUGACCCUGAUGAUGCUUGCGAUAAUUGUAAUGAGGAGGGGCCUCUAAGAUGAGACUGGAACCGCUCAUUCUUCCCACAGUUCCCCCCAUCCCCCCCCCUCCCCAGAGACCACAAACAGUGUUAUCUGGUGUUUCUGUAUGUGUUACUUCCACUUGUUUUUGCUGUGUUACCUUGCCAUGAUGCUAACAGAGACCCUUCCUUUCUUUUUCUAAACCAAACCAAAAAGGGCUGAAGUACAUCUCUGUGAGCAUCUCCAAAAAGUGUUCAUCUGCCAGAAUUACCAUAUGAUGCCAACAGUAGUCCUGUUGUCCCUCCAUGCUGGUUGUCCACAGUCUUAUCGCAUGUGGAAAACCAGGAUGAAUUACCAAUGUCUAGUUUAGUUUAGGGUUUUUUCUUAGUGUUUGUCGGACUUUUUCAUUGUAAAAACCGAAUAUAUUUACGUUAUGCCUCAUGAUUUUUUUCUUAAUGUUUCAUUCUUUGCAUGAAGAAAAUCUGCCAUUGCAACUAUUGCUGAAGACUAGAUAAAAAGCGGCUUUGGUUUUCAUUUUGACAUUGGCAAUUACGUUUGUAAAAGCGGUUGUCUUACCAGACCUGAUGAGAAAUGCCCUUAUGUUCCCCCGUGUAAAUGUAUAGUUGACUUCCCAAAUGUUGACCAGGAAUGGAGUUGAGCAUCGGACACUUUCAGCUAUACCCAGGCUUCUCUGAGACAUGGGUCACUUUUGACACACUUCUCUGCCCUGGUUAGAGCAUGGUAUAAGUUCUUCAGUUUUUCACUGGGAAUUCCAGUUGAAAUAUUCUGGACUUGCUAUUGUUUCUAUCAAAUUUCAGUUUACAUUUCUUUGAGAUUGAUGCAAGCACAAUGCUUGAUUAUUAUUUUUUAAACAAAGGUAAUCUUACUUU